AUGGCGACAUCUGAACCCUUGUAUUCGCCAAACAUGACGAAUGGUGAACAUCGGCUCAAUGGGUUCCACUUCAAUGAGAAUUUGAAUGGCCAUAAAUCAAACGGUAUCAACGGUAAUGACUUAAGGAACGGUCAAGCUGAGAGUUGUAACGGGGAUAGUGGAUUAGGUGAAUCAUUUGAUAAUCUUAAAAAUAUCAAUGGUCGAGAACAGCCGAGUGAGGAUAGUUCAUCAGAUGAGGAGCAUCGACACAUGAAUAAAUCACAUCGAAUCGAGUCAUUUGGUGCUCAUACUACAGCAUCGGGUCAAAGAGGGCAACAUGCUAAGAUUCGAACAUAUACGGAUGAUAUCAACAGCAGAGACUUUCCUCGAAUAUCAAAACCGGUAGAAGUUUUGAGGAAUGUCUAUGAUACUGUAGUAAUUGGAUCUGGUUAUGGUGGAUCAGUUGCUGCUAGUCGUAUGGCAAGAGCUGGACAAUCCGUUUGUCUUUUGGAGAGAGGGAAAGAAAAGUGGCCAGGAGAAUAUCCUACUGGCAUGGUACAUGCAAUGGAGGAGCUUCACGUGUCGGGCAAUUUUGCUCCUGGGUUUUUACCGGGAGCAAUGGUUGAAGAAGGAGAUCCUACGGGCCUUUAUCAUCUCAUAUUUGGAAAAGGUCAAAAUGCUUUUGUAGCCAAUGGUUUAGGUGGAACAAGUCUUUUAAACGCCAAUAUAUUUCUUGAAGCCGAUAAAGACACCCUAGCAAUGGAUUGUUGGCCGAAGGAACUACAAGAAGGAGAGGCCCUCAAAGAAUACUACGAAAGAGCAGCAUUUGUUUUACAACCUCAAAGUUAUCCAGAAGAUUGGCCUAAACUUCCCAAGUUAACGUUGCUGGAGAAGCAGGCUAGAAUACUCGGCAUGCAUGAGAAAUUUUAUCGGCCACCACAAACUACUCGAUUUCUCGGCGGACCAAACAGCACUGGAGUUGAAAUGUAUCCGUCUGCUUUGACGGGUAUGGACUGUACGGGUGUGAAUGAUGGAAGCAAAAGCAGUACCCUGGUCAACUAUCUCUCAGAUGCAUGGAAUUGGGGAGCAGAAAUGUUCUGUGAAUGUGAAGUGAGAUAUAUCAAAAAGCAUCCAGAUCCUGAGGAAGAAGGUUAUCUCGUAUUUUUCGCAUGGCAUGGAAGUAAUCGCGGAGCUUUCAAAACCAACAUCUACGAAGAUCUCAUGUGGGUACAUGCAAAGAAAUGCGUUUUCCUCGGUGCAGGUGCAAUUGGAACAACAGAAAUUCUUCUUCGGAGUAGGAGUUUAGGAAUGAAUAUGAGUGAUAGAGUUGGCAAAGGCAUGAGUGGAAAUGGUGAUAUGUUAGCUUUCGGCUAUAACACCAAUGAGGAAGUUAAUGGAAUUGGUCGUGUAUCUCCGACAAACGACAAUCCUAUUGGACCUACCAUCGCAGGUAUCAUUGAUAACCGAGCUGGUCAUGCAAAUGUCUUAGAUGGAUAUGUUAUUGAAGAAGGAGCAAUACCGAAAGCACUUGCUCCAUUAUUUCAAUUCAUGCUUGAGAAGCUUCCAGGUUCUAAAGCACCAUCGGAUUUGUCGACUCUAGAAAAACUAAGGCAUACACUUUCAGCUACUGGGAGUCGUUUCCUAGGUCCAUACUACAAAAAGGGUAGUAUCGAGAGAACACAAACAUAUCUUGUCAUGAGUCAUGAUUCUAAUCAAGCCAUUCUCACUCUCAAGGAUGAUAAACCUCUCCUUGAGUUCCUUGGUGUUGGUCGAAGCGAUCAUGUUAGAAAGAUAAAUAACAUUCUCAAAGAAGCAACAGAAGCAGUUGGUGGAACUUUUGUCAAUAAUCCAUUCUAUUCAGCACUCGGACAACAAGAAAUUACUGUUCAUCCUAUUGGUGGUGCUUGUAUGAGUUCAGACAACACCGCUCAAUAUGGAGCGACAAAUCAUUUCGGAGAACUUCUCACUGGUCGUGGUAGUGAGACAUAUCCGGGUCUUAUAAUUUCUGAUGCUGCUGUUAUUCCUUGCGCUCUUGGUGUUAAUCCAUUUGCAACAAUUACCGCUCUUGCUGAGCGCUCAGUUGCUCAUGCUGCGAAAAGUUUCAAUCUCGAUAUCGAUUACGACACUAGCAAUGGUUUAUUGGAUUUAUUCGGUAAACCAAAACAUGCUCCUAUGCAAUUGCAAACUUACAGUACACAAAAUUUUGAAGUUGAGAUGGCGACUAAAAUGAUUGAUGAAACUGAAGAUUCCAAAACAAGUGGAUUUGGUUUUACUGAAGUAAUGCAAGGAUUUAUUCAUAUUGGGAAGAAUCUUAAGGGCGAUCAUAGAGAGGAUUAUGAAAUUGCUGCCAAGACUGCUAGAGGACUUUGUGAGGCAUCAAGAUUUUUCUUGAGUGUUAAAGCUUAUGAUACACAUAGGAUUGUUCAUCGACAGGAUCAUUCAGCUAUGUUAACUGGUACAUUCGUUUGUGCUUCAUUACAAGGUAGUCCUUUUAUGGUUCAACGUGGAGAUUUUCAACUAUUCAAUGUUGAUCAUCAAGCUCCUGGUACUCGAAAUUUAACAUAUGAUUUCGACAUGACAUCAACUGAUGGAAAACAAUUACAUUUUCACGGAUAUAAAAUUGUUGAUUCCUCAGUUGCUCUUGGUCCAUUUAAAUUUUGGACUGCCGCAUCAACAUUAUACGUCACCAUUACAGAGAAAGAUGCAAAUAAAACUGUACUUGGAAGAGGAAUGAUGCAUAUUCAACCCAAAGAUUUCCUAUCCCAGAUUUUCACCCUCAAAGCUGUUGGUCGUAAUUUUUGGUCUAGACUUCAAUCUACCACAAGUUUUAUGACUUUCUUCGCUAGACAAUCAGCUAAUCUCUUCUUCGCUCCAUUCACCUAUCUUCAAUACCCAUCCGUAACAUACACAGGAUACAUAAACGAUACACCACCCGAUCAAACAAUUCAAAUCGUCGCUUCAGAUAACGUUCAAACACUUCUUCACGUCUGGGAACCUCAAAACACAAACAUCGAAACCAAGAACCUUUUUUUCAUCCCAGGUGCCUCAGUUGAUCAUCAAAUCUUCGCACUCCCCACCAUAGAAGUAAAUGCUAUCAAUUAUUUCACUCGAGCCGGUUAUCGCUGUUUCGUCGUCGUCCAUCGUAUCUGUCAAUUAAGGGUCGCAGAAGCUAACUGGACUACCUUCGACGCUCGUCUCGAUAUCAAAGCUUCUCUCCAAUGGAUCCGUAAAGAACACGGUCAUAAACCUAUCUAUACCAUUGCUCACUGUAUGGGAUCCGUAGCUUUCGCAUCGGGUCUUUUAGAUGGUACAAUUCCCGCACAUUGGAUUUUGGGUGUUACCUGUUCGCAGGUUUUCAUGAAUCCUAUCUGGGCUACGUUGAAUCUGGCAAAGGCAAUGGCGGGUCCAAUUCCCUUUGAUAAAUUGUAUAAAUUUUUCGGAGGGAAUUGGUUUAGUUGCUCGAGUACGAGGGAGGAUACUUGGUUUCAACAGGGGAUUAAUCAAUUGUUGAGAUUUUAUCCGGAUCGGAGAAGUGAGAUUUGUAAUAAUGUUUCUUGUCAUCGUUGUUCGUUGAUUUUCGGUCGUCUCUGGAAUCACACAAACCUAAACGAAGCAACCCACCGCCAAAUCAACCGCUUCUUCUACGGAGUAAACAUGACCUGUCUCCAUCUCCUCAUGCACAUGGGAACAAUUGGUCAAGUAACAGGAAAUGCACCUCUAUUCCACCCCCUUACUUCCUCCAAAAAUAUUAGAAGAUUAAAGGGGAUACCGUUUUUUUUGUUUUCAGGUAGUGAUAAUAAAGUACUAAAUCCGGAGAGUACGACGAGGUCGGUCGAGGUGCUGAGGGAUGAGAUGGGGGAUACCUGUGGAGGGUGUGGGAGGGAGAGUUGUGGGGGGAGGGAGGAUUGUGGAGAGAGGGAAGGUGGUGGGGAGAGGGAAGGUGGUGAGAGGGAAGGGGAUGGGGAUGCGGAAAAUUUUGGUAUGUUUGAUAUGUAUGAGAGGAUGGAGAUUAGAGGGUAUGGACAUUUGGAUUGUUGGAUGGGAAGGGAGGCGUACAGGGAUGUGUUUCCGGAGGUGAGGGAGAGGGGUGGAUAG